GGCGGGCCGGGCCGGGCGGCGGCUGCACAAAGGCCGAAGCACGCCAGGGCGGUUCUUAGCCGCAGCUUCAGCAGGCAACCUCCCGGCGGGACCCCGCGGGCGGCGUUGGGGCGGACUGGAUGCCCACUUUCCCCGCCAGCUCUCCUCCGCUUCGCUUCCCUACCGCUGCUGCUGCUCUGCUCCUCCCUCUCGCCAACUCCCAUGCCCGGCAUCUGUCCCUCGAGUUCAGCGAUGCCCUUUCCGUUGGCACAGCUGAGCUUAGCGCUGCUGCUGCUGCUGCUGACUCUGGUGCCCAUCCCAGGACUGGCAGGGCCAGUGACCACGUGCAAUGCCAACGGGAGCCUGUACUACGUUGGGGAGUGGUAUUUCCUGGACAGUGACCACUGCACCCAGUGCGAGUGCACAGCGGAGGGGCCCGCCUGCGCCCGCACGGACUGCACCGCUCUGCCACCUGCCUGCAUUCACGUCAGCCACUACCCCAGCGACUGCUGCCCACGCUGCGAAAGGGUUGGCUGUGAGCACCGUGGACAAGUGUAUGAGCUGGGGCAGCAUUUCCAGCCCUCAGAGUGUGAGCAGUGUACCUGUGACCUAGAUGGCAUCGCUCGUUGCCUAGUGGCAGACUGCGCCCCUCCGCCCUGCGUCAAUCCAGUCUACGAGAAGGGCCACUGCUGCCCCACCUGUGAGGAUGGGCCCAACUGCUACGUGGAUGGGAGCCAGCGACGCGUAAUUCCUGCUGGGGAGAGCAUAUGGGUGGGGCCCUGCACCCGUUGCCGCUGUCAUGAUGGCCAGGACGCCGGUUACUGGGAAGGAAACCGCUUAGCUAAAUGCGAGCGGCUACGGGGAUGCCGGGCUACAGGUGCACAUCACACCUGAGCUGCUCCAAACCCCAAACAAUUCCUGGGCCAGCCAUUCAUCAGCACUUGCAAGGCUUCUGCUUAGCCAGACAAGCCCUAGUGUGCCCUUACACCCAGCCCUGGCCCAACUCCUUCAACCAUACACAUAAGCAAUUGCCAGUCGCAGCCCCCUUUCCAGAUCUACCCCCUUUUCCUUGACAAUGUCUAGAGUUAUUAUGCAGGGGAGUAGCUCAUAUGAGAAAGCCCGUUUUAUUUAGGAUGGGUGGGCAACCUGUGGCCAUUCAGAUGUAGUUGGACUCCCAGCUCCCAUCAGCUGUAGCCAGCAUGGCUAAUGGUUAGGAAUAAUUUAGCCACAUCUCGAGAGCCAGAGGUUCCCCAUAUGAUUUAGGGAAUCACCCCUCAACCACCACCACAUUCCCACUCCAGCUUCAACUAAACAUAGCAUCUUUUGCUACUAUUUAACAGUUUUUCUCUGUGUGUGAGCAUCAAUAAAAGAACCUUGUAGAAUA